UUUUUUUACGCCGAAUUGGUGCAUAGGGAGCUCAUGGUUCUGCUGAAUGUUAGUUACAUUUAGGUAACUCUUUUAGGAUCUCAUUCCUAUUCCUUCGAUAUCCGGCGCAAGCUAACUCCGUCCAGGAGAGAAAUCUGAGGCGAUGCUUUAUGCCCUUAUCUCCGGUCUGAAUGCAACGGUUAUGACGACGGCCUGCUGGUAAGCAGCAAACUGCCGAACGAUUCUUCCUUAUAUUGCUCUACUCUCUCUUCCUUUCUUUGACCGCCCUCCUCACAUAUAGGCACAUAUUCAAGCAGUAAAGGUCAAUUUUCUCAUCCAGCAUGUCAAUUCUCCUCACCGGCGGUAGCGGCAAGACGGCCCCACGCGUCGCAGCAUUGCUUGCCGCGGACAAGAAGCCCUUUCUCCUAGGCACGCGUCAAGGGCCUGGUGCUGGGUCAAAUGAUCAUGCCACGGUCAAAUUUGACAUGAGCGAUGAGUCGACCUGGACGAAGCCAUUCGAGAACACGCAGAUCAAGGCCGUCUACAUGAUGGAGCCCCGGAUUAGCGAGCCCUGGGUGCCAAUGAACAAGUUCGUGGAUUUUGCCAAGGAGAAAGGCGUCAAUCGUUUCGUUCUAUGCGCUGGCACCUCGGCCACAAUUGGCAAGGACGGAAUGGGCAGAGUUUGGGAGCAUCUCGUCAAGUCUGGUGUUGACUACUGUGUGCUUCGCCCAUCUUGGUUUAUGGAAAACUUGAUUGAACCGGGCCUUGCAUUUACCAUCGGCAAGUUGAAUAAGAUCUUCACUGCCGCUCAGGAUGGAAAGAUUCCCUUCAUCAGCGCGGGUGACAUUGCCGAGGUGGCUCAUCACGCCCUGACGGACGAGAAGUCCUAUAACUGUGACCUUAGGAUUCUCGGGCCUGAAAACUUGACUUACGAUCAGAUUGCUGAGACGCUUUCUAAAGUUCUCGGGCGCAAGAUCGAACAUGCAAAGCUCGACGAAGCCGGCCGGAUUGACGGCUUAGUCCAAGCCGGCCUAUCGGAUUACUUCGCUCGAUUUCUGACUCGUCUAGAGGUCUUGGCUUCGCAAGACUUCGAGAAGGGGACAUCCGAUGCCGUCGAGAGGGUGACAGGACACCCUCCACAAAGCUUUGAGAAGUUCGCUGAGGAGAACAAGGCUGUCUGGUCGUCCAACUAAUUUGCAUGGCAAAUUUCUGUCAAUUGUAAAAUAGAAUAGUUAACACUCCCAUUCCGAUAUACUUAUACUAGAAUCACCUUUACUCUGC